GCCAGCACUACUGCGCCGGAUAAAUGCCACAGAAACCCUGGAGCGCUCCGCCCCGCGGCACCCUGGGAGCGCCCACCCCGCGGCACUCUGGGAGCCGGCUCUCCCCAAUCCUUCGGCCGCGCCGUGGGCCGCCUAGGGGCGUGAGGACUACAGCUCCCAGAGAUGCCCGCGCUGCGCCGCAGACACGCCUGCGCGGCGCCUCCGCCUGCGCUCCGGCUCCUGAGCCAGGAGCACGGCGGCUAGUGGGUGAGACCGGAGUGUUGCGCACCGCUGACAAGAAGGAGCUAUCAGGAAAACACAUCAAAACUGAGAACUCAAAUGAGACAUCAGCUCAUGUGGAGAACUCCAGUCCAGAGACAGUUUCAGACUCAAAAAACUGUGGGAAGAAUCUAAGCAACUACUGGCUGAUGAAGUCAGAGCCAGAGAGCCGACUAGAGAAAGGUGUCGAUGUGAAGUUCAGCAUUGAGGACCUCAAAGCACAGCCUGAGCAGACAGCCUGCUGGGAUGGUGUUCGAAACUACCAGGCUCGGAACUUCCUUAGAGCCAUGAAGCUGGAGGAUGAAGUCUUCUUCUACCAUAGCAACUGCAAAGAGCCAGGCAUCGCAGGACUUAUGAAGAUUGUAAAGGAGGCUUACCCAGACCACACACAGUUUGAGAAAAACAACCCUUAUUAUGAUCCAUCCAGCAAAAAGGACAACCCCAAAUGGUUCAUGGUGGAUGUACAAUUUAUUCGGAUAAUGAAGCGUUUCAUCUCCCUGGCUGAGCUUAAAACCUAUCACCAAGCUCACAAAGCUUCUGGUGGUCCCUUAAAAAACAUGGCUCUCUUCACUCGCCAGAGACUCUCAGUUCAGUCCCUUACACAAGAAGAGUUUGAUUUUAUUUUGAGCCUGGAAGAAAAGGAACCAAGUUAACACUACUGCUGGAAUGGACAAGCCAUUACUCCAAAGAAGGCACAAUUUUAUAAGACAAAAGAAAGCUUGCUUGUAAUGUCACCCGGGACUAUUUACCUAGAUGGUUUUGAGUACUUUUUUCAAUAAAAGAUUUAAUAUUAAAA